CCGGCCGGCCGCAGCCGCAUCCAGGCCCGGGCGGGUCGCCAGGUGAGCGCGCCCAGGAGCUCCACACGCGCCGCCGGCGGCCUUGCGUCCACCCGGCGGACUUCGGGUCAUGGAGCCGCGCGCGGGGGGCGCCACGGACCCCAGGGGGAGCAGAGGAGGCCGGGGCCUUCCGCUGCGGGCGGGCCCCAGAGCCCGGCAGCUCCUGGCGCGGCUGGACGCGCGCCCCCUGGCGGCCCGAGCUGCGGCCGACGUGGCGGCGCUGGUACGCAGGACGGGCGCCACAUUGCGCCUGCGCCCCAACGCGGAUCCUGAAUUAAGUUGGAAAGCUGAACCGAAGGGAGGAAAUUCAGAAUCCUAAAAGAGACUCACCAAACUGGGAAGUAGACCGUGACUCACAGACGUGAUUAGUGCAGGGGGCUCCGUGUGGGUACGUCACUUGAUUCCCUGGAUCAUCAUUCUUCGGGGGUCAUCUCCUUUGGAUCCCACUUCUGACUCCAAGGAAUAUUAACCUAAAUAAAGAGGAAGGAAGAACGAAUCCACCUCUGCCACACCUACCUCACCCAAGAACUACAUUUCCCUUUAUGCUUGGCGCAACGCACUCCUGUGAAGUGAAAAGAGCGACAAUUACUUCCUAAGGCCCCUUUUUUUCACCUUCGCCCGCCGAUGCCGCAGUGUUCUAUGGGAAAGGUAGUUCUAGCGCUCGUUGUCUGGCCCCGCUCAAACUGAACCCAAACUAAACUUCCCAGCAAGCAGCGCACUCGCCUGGGAAAGAGGGGCAAGAUGGCGGAUGCUGAAGAGGGUUCUUUGCGGCCGGCAGGAGCCUCCGCUGCCCCAAUUUCGUUCAGCUUCAGUCGCACAUCUGCCCGGAGACGGCUCGCGGACGACGCGGGUGCGGCUCCAGAGGAGAAGGAUUUCUUAAAGACCGUGGAAGGGAGGGAGCUGCAAAGUGUGAAGCCCUCAGAAACCCCCAAGGAACUCGUCAUCCCUUUGAUCAAGAAUGGCCAUCGCAGGCAGCCACCGACCCAGGCCCCUGGGCCAUCCACAAAUACUGAGGCCUUGGUGGAUGGGGUGCUGUCCCAGGCUGUGAAGGAGCUCAUUGAGGACUCCAAGAAGUCCCUGGAGGAGAGAGAGAAUUCGGGUGUCGACCCCACGCUUGCUAUCCCCAUGAUCCAGAAAGGAUGCAUCCCUAACGGGGAAGGGGCAGACAGCGAACCCCGGGCUGAGACAGUGCCGGAGGAAGCUGAUUACGAGGCAGUCCCCGUAGAGGCCUAUGGGCUGGCCAUGUUACGAGGCAUGGGCUGGAAACCUGGCGAGGGCAUUGGCCGCACCUUCAAUCAAGUGGUGAAGCCCCGUGUCAACUUACUGAGGCCAAAGGGGCUAGGGCUGGGCGCCAACCUGAAUGAGGUCCAGGCCCUGGUCUCCACUGGCCCCCACCACCAACCAAAGCCAGAUGAGGAGCAAGAGAAGGAUAAGGAAGACCAGCCUCGAGGACUGGUGCCUGGAGGGGCUGUGGUGGUUCUUUCCGGCCCUCACCGAGGCCUCUACGGGAAGGUAGAAGGCCUCGAUCCUGACAAUGUUCGGGCCGUGGUUCGCCUGGCCGUGGGGAACCGCAUGGUGACUGUUAGUGAGUACUGCCUGCGGCCUGUUUCCCAGCAGGAGUUUGACAAGAACUGCUUGGAUCUCAGCCAGAUGAGCAAAACUUCCCCAGGGCAACAGAACGGAACAGCCUCGUCAUGGAAGGCCCUCCCGGAUCAGGACCUUUCCGGCCGGUGGGAGGACUCAGAGAGGAAGCGGAAACACCUUCCUGACCGACAGGAGGAGCCUGCAGCCAAGAGUGAGAAGGCCGGCCCCCGGAGCCAGCACUGGUUGCACAGGGACCUGCGCGUGCGCUUUGUGGACAGGCAGCACAAGGGCGGCCAGUAUUACAACACCAAGAUGACGAUUGAAGAUGUCCUCAGCCCAGAUACCUGUGUGUGUAGGACAGACGAAGGCCGGAUCCUGGAAGGCAUAAAGGAAGGCAUGCUGGAGACCCUGGUCCCCAAGGUCGAGGGCAACCGGGUGAUGGUGGUGCUGGGGCCACAGGCUGGAAGGGUGGGCCACCUGCUGGGCCGGGACACAGAACGGAGCCGGGCUCUGGUGCAGCUGCGAAGAGAGAAUCAGCUGGUGGAGCUUCACUAUGAUGCUGUCUGCCAGUAUGUGGGCCCCAGGGACUCUGAUGAAGACUGACCUGCGGCCCCACUCCCACCCCCACCCCACCAUCCCCGGCCUGCUGCCGGCUCUGUACAGUGUGAAAAGCCUGUCUUCGCAGAGGUGGGGAGGUCACCAUUCCGCCGUCUGCUUGCACUGCAGCUCCAGGACAAGGACAGGGACAGGGCACGAGAUAGACGGACCAGAAGGGAGGCUCGAAACGAACUGAGUAUUUUCCAGAAGUUAGUGUGUAAUAAAAAUCAUUUCCCAAA